UUUUUAAAAAAAGCAAGAGAGAAAUAGAGCGAGAGAGAGGGUAGCAGGUGAUCAUGGCUGAGAAGCGAAUAUCUCGGUGGUAUUUUGGAGGUCUGGCAUCCUGCGGGGCGGCGUGUUUCACUCACCCGCUGGACCUGCUCAAGCAAAGAGAUUUCGCACACAGCAGUAGAAGUGCAGGAUCAUACUCGGAGUUGAUUUACCUGGGUGACAUUUGGUGCAGUCAUUUUAACCCGUUCAGCAACAUUUCUCCAGUUGCUGACCUGGUUUUUGAAAACACGUCUUCCGCUCUUGCCUGCUACGAUCAAGCGAAACAACUGAUCCUGCACACUGGCUUCAUGUCCGACAAUAUUUUCGCCCACUUCCUCUCCAGUUUUGUUGCUGGUGGGUGUGCCACGUUUCUAUGCCAACCACUGGACGUUCUAAAGACCAGGUUAAUGAACUCGAAAGGAGAAUACCGGAGCCUCUGGCACUGUAUAAGACAGACCGCUCAACUGGGCCCUCUCGGUUUCUACAAGGGUUUAAUUCCGGCUGGAAUCCGGUUGGUGCCUCACACAGUCCUGACUUUCGUGUUUCUGGAACAGUUGAGGAGUCACUUUGGAGUUCUGGUGCCCGCGUGAACUUUGAGAGGUCAUUGCAUCACCUGAUCGCCAUGACGAUUCCCUAUCGCCUAAUGUUCCUCACGAGGGAAGAGUAUUUUGCUGCAAUAAAUUGAAUUUGAUGAAGUUUCUCCCUCUCUGAGCCCCACAUCCACUGGCCAAAGAAACAGGGUCUCCGUUAAUUGGUAUCUUACGCAUUGUAUUCACCAACCGUCAACUGCAAACCUCACGGCCCCUUUGUUCACACACGCGUUUCCCUUUCUUAAAGGGGAAGCAUCCAACAGUCGGUCACCCCAGAGUUUACAAUUCAUCUCAUUUAGUAUAAAGUCUGAGUGCCUUAAGUACAAACUGGAUCCAACUCCACCCUCCCGUGGGCCCCUCUUUCUAGCUAGAAUUGACCAUUUUUCUGCGUUUGCUUAUGGCUCUAUCUACUCGGGUUAAACAGUGCAACAGGUGCUGACUGGUGAUGAGGUUGAUAGAGGUUUUUUUUAGAAUUAUCCACUUCCAUCCCCAUCCCAGCCCUGCCUGUUGAGCUGGAAAGCAGUAGACGCAGACUGCGGUGACCGCCCCCCGCCCCCCACCGUCCCCAUCACCCCCCACACA